ACUUAACUGACAGUCUUUUUCCGUAAUUCACAUGAUAAUUAAUAAUAUUUUUCUCUCUGUAGAUUGAUCAUGACUUCAGUGCUCGGCAUAGCCCUGCUGGCCUUGGUCCUAUCAGGGCCCACUGUUGCCUUUGUCCCCAUCUGGGGUGGGGCUUCAACUCAUGUCAGCAUUACAGGAACGGCCCUGUUAGAAAAAGUGACAGAGACAUGUCGAGCGGUGGUUGAAGCUGCUGGUCAUGAGUUCAAACCCACGGGUUCAUCUCCUGAAGAGCUGGUCCAGGCCUGUCUUGGCCCAACAGCAACAGGAGAAGUAUCAGGCGCCAAGUUUCACUCUGCUCUUCAAGAGAUCUUCAUCCAGCACGGACUGGUAGACCGUGACUUUGCCAACAGUGCUCCACAUCACUUCAACUCAGAGACCUUCCUGGAGGGACGUGGCCUAAUCAUGGAAGGCAUGACGGCCAUUAAAGCUAACAUUCGCUGGGAAAACUUCCAGGCUGCCAGGGAAACACUGGGCAGAGUCCUUCAUACACUACAGGACUUCUACAGCCACAGUAACUGGGUGGAGCUGGGAUACACAGAGCCAUACAUCGCCCUCAUACGUCCAGACCUUCCUCUGGAAAACCUAGCAGACAUCGACACUGCCACCUGCCGUGACUGUGCCAGUGGAACUUGCCCCAAUCCGAUCCUUCCCAACAUCCUGCAAGAGAAGAAACUCACAUCAGGCUACAUGGGAAUCUUCUCUGCUGACAAGCCUAAAGGUAAAUGUAGCCAUGGAGGUGCAGCUGACCUGACUAGCACGGUAAUUCCUCGCGGAGGCAUUAGCAAAGAUGAGCGUCGCUCGGACAAUGUGGCCCUCCACAAUGCUGCUGUAAAUGCAGCCACAGCCGCCAGCCUUCAGCUGCUGGAGGACAUCCGGCUGGCCGCUGGGGACAAUGGCUUCCUGAGAAUGAUGGGGAUCGCCCGUUCCUCUGUUGUGUGUUUUGUUAUUGACACCACUAGCAGUAUGUCAGAUGACAUUGAUGCAGCCAGGGAUGUUGUUUAUGAAAUCAUUGACAGCAAAAAAGGAACACAGGACGAGCCAUCCGAGUACAUUCUGGUGACCUUCAAUGACCCAGAGUUUGGACCUAUAAUCAGGACAACAGACGCUGAUGAGAUGAAAAUAGAAAUCUCUAAGCUCACAGUGAACGGAGGUGGUGAUCUCCCCGAGAUGUGCCUAUCAGGACUUCAGUUGGCUCUUACCGGUGCCCCUGCCUCCUCCUACAUCUAUGUUUUCACUGAUGCUCCAGCCAAAGACAUCGACCUCAAGGAUACUAUUGAUGCUCUCAUCAGGAGCACUAAGUCAACGGUGUCAUUCUUCAUCACUGACACCAGCACAAGGCGCCGUCGUUCCCUCAGUGCUGCUUCCUUUGAUGACUACAAGGACCUGGCUCUGGUCUCUGGAGGCCAGGCGAUCCACGUGUCCAAGAAACAGUUGCCUGAGGCCACAGACGUCAUCCUUGACACAUCCACUUCAGCCCUGGUGACAGUCCUUCAGCAAGCAAGGAACCCUGGGAAGCAGGAGACCUUCCCCUUCACGUUGGACGAGCCUCUGAAAAACAUCACCAUCUACAUCACAGGCACAUCCAUUACUUUCACACUGACCAACCCUGCAGGUGUGAGCCAGAGCCACAGUGAGGCCAGCGGUAAACUGGGAACCAUUCAGACAGUAGGUAACCUGAGGAGAAUUCGUCUCAAUGCCGACAAGCUGACAGGCACCUGGCAGAUCAACAUCAACUCCAACCAACCAUACACACUUAAAGUCACAGGCCAGAGUACUAUCACCUUUAUCUAUGACUUUGUGGAGAGCUUCAAAGGAUCUCACCCAGGUUAUGCAAUACUCAGUGGACGUCCACAGGCAGGUAGAUCAGCCACCCUGAUGCUCUCAGUGAUGGGUCGAAAAGGUCCAUCCUCAAUGACAUUUGGAGAUGUUGGCCUGGUAACUGUGUCUGGUCCUGAGGCUGUUAGAAAUGGUGCAAUAACUGACAUGGGCAACGGACACAUCCUGGUGACAGUUGAUGAGGUCCCUGAGGGGGAAUUUGUGGUCAUUCUGAAAGGAACUGACAAAAAGUCAGACAGUACAUUUCAGAGACAGUCUACCACCCAGAUGUCUGUCUCCAAAGUGAACAUCCAGGCUCUGGUGAACAGCAGUGUAGAGCCAGGGAAAGCCUUCAAGCUCCCUUUCAGUGUCAUGACCCAGGGCUCUGGAGAUCAAUACCUCAUCAGUGCCAGAAAUAACAGAGACUUCCCCAUGUCCUACCCAAACAGCCUAGGCUUGACCACCGGACAAUAUACUAAUGCUACUUUGACCAUCACGCCACCUGCUGACACACCAACAGGCACUGAUGUCACUCUGACCCUGGAAGCCAAGUCACCCAGUGGCGUCGACUCUAAUUACGCUGUUCUUAGAUUCUCUGUUGUUAAUAAGAUUACAGAUUUUAUUCAGCCUCUGUGUAAAGUGAUUAGUGUACUGGCUGAUGAUUGUCCCCAAGAUGUAUCUCAGUGUAAACCUUUCCAGUGGGAGCUAUCAGCCAACCUUACUGAUGGAAAUGGCACCGGGAUUAAGCGCAUUUCUCUGCGUCAAGGUGGUGGAACCCUCACAUACACCUCCCUGAGCUCUCCCAUCAUCCAGGCAAACUACAACGCCUCCUGUUGCUCGCAGAUUGUUGAGUUUAUAGCUGUUGAUAAAGUUGGCAAUGUGGGCAAGUGCUAUCACUCCAUUGUACGUUCUGCCUGCCCUCCUGCUCUAACUCUGUCGCUGCCACUGUGGCUGUGCCUGCUGGUAAAUGCCUCUGUACUAAGAACUUGAAGAGCUUUGGUUAGGUUUCACAGUAUCUCAUGUCUGUUCUCUGCAUCAGGCAUUGGACAGUAGAGGUAGACAGGUAAAGUCUAAAGGUAUUUUACUCCCAAAUAUCGAUAACAAUAUAUCAAUAUCAACCUAAAAAGUCCAGUAUCUGUCAGGCUACAUUAAAUAGUCCGCCUUUUAUGACUGUAAAUUAUUUAAAACAAUGUGCUUCCACUAUGGAUGGACAUUUUCUACUGGUGAUGGUCUUCUGCCAAGAUAACAUAUGAGCACUGAUUAAGAACUGAAUGAUAAAUAGUGACACAAUUUUAUCUGAUCACCCAUAAAAACCUGGAGGACAUUAUACAACAUCUGAAAUCCUCCUCCUGCUGCCUUGAUAUUCUGC